CCACCGUGGUUUCCAAGGCGAUUAUCUUGAUCUUUACCCAAAUUCUUGACUUCAAAAGUCCACUGCUCUGCCGUAUCCAUGCCGUCUGCCGCCUGAUCCCCCCACCUAUAUAACUUCAACCCACACCCAUCACCACCGACAACCAAAAAUGACCUCUCUCCGACUCCUCAUCACCACCCUCACCCUUCUCUUCACCCUCACCUCCGCCGACAUCCACCGAACCGAGAUCCGAUCCGACUCCCGCUCCACCAUCCCCAUAUCCGAAUUCGGCUUCACCCACACCGGCCGCCUCCACCUCAACCUCUCCCACAUCUCCUUCUCCCCACCCGACCCGAACCUCUCCCGGAUCGGCUUCUUCCUCUGCACCCGCGACUCAUGGAUCCACGUCAUCGAACAACUUCAAUCCAACCAAAUCCACUGCCCCCUUGACUCACCCGCGGUCAAACCCAUCUUCACUUUCAACCACCUCAAACCCACCACCACCACCCCUUCAUACGACGCCGUUUUCAACAUCACCGACGCCAACCAAUUCACCCUCGUCUUCUCCAAUUGCGCUGACGGCGCCGUUAAAGUCUCCGUCAACGUUGUUUCCGUUAUGUACAAUUUAAACCCCAAAAACAACUGCCGUGAUUACCUCUCCGCCGGUAAAACAAGCCUCCCGUCAAUUUACUUUUUAUUUUUUCUAAUUUAUGUUUCACUUACCGGUAUAUGGGUUUACACACUUCACCGGAGGAAAACGUCGUCGUUUCGGAUUCAUUACUUUAUGUUAGCUGUAUUGUUAUUAAAAGCCCUGAAUUUGUUAUGUGAAACCGAGGAUAAAUCCUACAUUAAACGAACUGGUACUCCUCAUGGUUGGGAUGUUUUGUUUUACAUCUUUAGUUUCCUAAAGGGUAUCACAUUAUUCACUUUGAUUGUUCUGAUCGGUACCGGUUGGUCGUUUUUGAAACCCUAUUUACAAGAUAGGGAAAAGAAGGUGUUGAUGGUUGUGAUCCCGCUGCAAGUGGUUGCGAAUGUGGCGCAAGUGGUGAUCGAUGAGACGGGUCCGUUCGGGCAGGAUUCGAAUACGUGGAGGCAGGUGUUUUUGCUGGUGGAUAUAAUCUGUUGUUGUGCGGUUUUGUUUCCGAUUAUUUGGUCGAUUAAGAAGUUGAGGGAGGCUGCGAUGACGGAUGGGAAGGCUGCGGUGAAUUUGAUGAAGUUGACGUUGUUUAGGCAGUAUUAUGUUGUGGUGAUAUGUUAUAUUUAUUUUACGAGGGUGGCGGUUUAUGUGUUGGAGACGAUUACGUCGUAUAGGUAUGCGUGGACAAGUGUGUUGGCGGCGGAGUUGGCUACGCUUGCGUUUUAUGUGUUUACGGGGUAUAGUUUUAGGCCGAAGGUGCAUAAUCCUUACUUUGCUAUUGAUGAUGAUGAUGAGGAAGCUGCGGUUGAGAUUCUGAAGCUUGAAGAUGAGUUUGAGUUAUAAGGUUGUUUGUUAUAGUUUUGGUUCUUGUGAGAUUGAUGUAAUACAGUGUGUAAAAUGAUUGAUGAAUCAAUGUAAUACAUAUAUUGGGAAUUAUAGUGUU